AUGGAGAAGAUCAGUGAUACCAUAAUAAUAGACGAGAAGAUUAGAACUAGUGAUGUGACUACAAAAUGUUCCUUCGAUGCUCUAAUGAUUUCCCAAUCAACUGUAGCUAAAAUGGCUACAGGAGGCUUUCGAUUGCCCUCUCCUAUUCAGGAGAAAGCCAUUCCAGCUGGUCUUUCAGGCUUAGAUUUGUUAGUGCAAGCGAAGUCUGGUACUGGAAAAACUCUUGUUUUCUCUGUAAUGGCUGUAGAAAAUUUAAAUUUACAAUGUUAUACUCCUCAACGACUGAUUCUUGCUCCUACUAGAGAAAUAGCAUGUCAAAUAAGAGACACAAUUCUGAAAAUUAUUCCCAAAUAUGGUCGAGUUGUAGUUCUCGUAGGAGGAAAUAGUGUAGCUGAUGAUAUACAAUCGUUGAAGAAAUGCCAUGUAGUUGUAGGCACAACAGGCAGAGUUUGCCACUUAGUUCAACAGGGCUUUUUGAAACUGAACUCUGUUGAUCUUUUCGUAUUAGAUGAAGCGGAUAAACUUAUGGAAGAUUGUUUUGAAAAAGACAUAAAUUAUUUAUUCUCUUGUCUUCCUGAAAGCAGACAGGUAGCUGUUUUCUCAGCAACAUAUCCUGGCAGUUUGGAUAAAAUGCUAUGUCAGUUUAUGAAAGAUGUGACUCUCAUUCGUUUGAACUCAGACGACGUCCAACUUGUCGGUAUUAAGCAGUACGUGUAUAAUACUGAAGACGAUGAGAAAAAAACUCUCCUUCACCUGUGUCAGAACAUUUCAUUUAAUCAGCUGCUAGUCUUUUGCAAUCGCAUAGCAGAUUGUCAAACCAUAACCGAUUUGCUUGUUGAAAAUGGUUAUGAAGCUGGUUGUAUUUCUUCACAGAUGACGCAAGCCGAAAGGGAAAUUUCAAUUCAAAACUUGAAAAGUCGGAAGAUCAAAAUUCUUGUGUCCAGUGAUCUGACUGCCAGAGGAGUUGAUGCAGAGCAUGUGAAUUUAGUCAUAAACCUGGAACCAGCUAUAAAUGUGGAAACUUAUUUGCAUAGGAUUGGCAGAGCUGCUCGUUUCGGAGGAAUAGGCGCUGCUAUCUCUAUUCUGAAAGAUAAACUGGCGGUUAAGCAAUUCAACAAACUGUAUAAAGAAGGAAAUCUUAAUGUUCGACAGUUACCUCAAGAUUUUCCAUCAGAUCUCAUUAGCGUUUCAAAGUUCUUCGACAGUUGUCAAGUUUAUAAGAAACCAACCACUUUCCCGAAGGUGAUCAGAGAAACGAGUAGCCAACCUCUGGAUGGUACCAGUUAUACAAAGGAAGAGAUCAUGCGUUUGCGCUACGUCAACCAUCCAUUAGAUUCCUGCACCAAAGAGCUUAUUCUACAAGCCCGGAUAGGAACAGGCGCUCUCUCCGAUUUCAAAGGUGAUUUGAAAACACUGGGGAGCGCUCUAAGUGGUGGAGAUAACAUUCCAAAUGAAGAGAUUGCCGUUGAAGCCCCUAAAAAAAAAUACACGUUUGUACCGGUGAGAGCGAAAGCCAAAAAGAAGUUUUAUCUAAGAGGAGAGCUUCUAUCCAUCCGAGAAUCUCACUCACCAGAAGUGUGGAGCGCGUACGCUUCGAAAAAAUUUGAUAUGUCGGAAAGUCCUUUUGUGAAAGAGAAGGCCAGCACUCCCGAAAAAUCGGAUAUCUGUUCCAAACCCGUCAUUCCUGCUGAAAAAGUACUAAAGAAAAAGCAGACAAAUUCACAAAAGUCGAACAUACUGAAGUACAGUAGGAAGGAAAUGAUCAAUAUUCAGUCAAAAAUUUCCAAACAGGCGUGGGUAAAGUAUGUCAAAGAAAAAUGGGAUACAACUCAAGAGCCUUUUCAAUUGGAUCCAUAUUUGCGAUGUCCGUUUGAGCUGCAGCUUAGACGAAUCAGGAUGAGAGAGAAAAAUCUGAGGGAAAAGGUGAUGAAUGAAAGAAAAAAAGAAGUGAAUAAGGAGUCAAAUGCAGUUGUUGCCGUUUCGAGAACAUGCAAUAGAAUUUUCGUUACAGCUACAAGCUUUGAUACUAUGUGCUCAGAGUUUUUAGAAGAUUUUCAUAAGUUCAGUCCAGAUAUCAGAAAAGGGCCUGUUGUUGCUCCUCGUCUCAAUCGUGCUGAUUAUAAUCAAAAAGUGUUGAAUGAUUCGAAAUGGUUGAACACCUUUUUGGAAACUUUCAGUUAUGAAGUUAGGAAGUCGUCUGAAAUGUGCGCGGAAGUGCAGUGCGGUCCUGAUGAGGAAUUAUCAGAAAGUUCUCCAUCAAUUGUUGAACAGCAAAGAGUACAAGUAGAAGAAGUAGAAGAUGUAGUUGUCGAAAACAAAUUGCACGCGGAUGAUUCGGUAGUCGAGCACGAUUUCGUCGAAUGUGAAAGGGAAAGUGAAUUCUUCGAAGAAAAUCAAAGCGAAGAGGAAGCGUAUAGAAUAAAUGAUUCUGUAGAAAUGCUGCAUGAGAGAUCACAUGAUGCUUCAUUCCAGUCAUGUGAACACCAGAACGCGAAAGUUCCUUACAAUCAUGAAUUAGAACAAGUAAAGCCUGCUCAAGUUGAUUAUCAUAUCAAUGAUCUGGGAGAUAUCCUCAGUUCAUAUUUAUAUUUAUCGACGCGGCUCUAUUCAUGA